CUUACUGAAACAAACCAUCGACAGUGUCUCCUUGACUCGUCGGACAGAUCGCAGAACCCUCUCCUUGUCAUGCAGGGGAUUCUGCGUCUUCAAUCAACAUGGCGCACUUCCUUCGUGGCAAGCAGGCCGGCAUUCAGAAUGACCUCUCCGUUGGUGUCACUCCAGAUUCGUUCAUGCUAGACGACUUUGCCCGUUAUGGCAUCAACUCACAGAUCUCUGUGCUCGCCUAUGACCCUGUCCAGUCUCUCCUCGCUGUCGGGACCAACGAAUCCCAGUUCGGCCCCGGGGUCGUCUAUGUCUUUGGCCAGAAGCGAGUCUGCGUGACCUUCACUCCUCCUCGACCGUCAUCUAUUCGAGCCAUACAGUUCUGCGCCGACAAAGUCCUUGUGCUCGACAGCAAGAACGAUGUCAGUAUCUUCAGCCUGGACACUAAGCAUAUGCUCGCCAACUAUUCCCCUCCCGGUCAGGUCGUUGCUAUCCUCUCAGAUCCCAGUCUCGACUACUGUUUCUCGGGAUUGCAAAAUGGUGGGCCUGAUAUAAAUGGGACAGAACAAAAGAGAGAAAUUAUUGCUGACGUGCAUCGACAGGGGAAAUCGUGGCAUUCGACUUGGAUCGAGAGCAUCAAACGCCCUUCAAGAUUCCCAACUUGUGGCGGGAGCGGAAUCCCAGAGCCCGAAUUCUGCCCAUAGUGUCGAUGCAGUUCCAUCCCAAAGACAUAGGUACAUUGCUUAUCGGUUACUCCGAGGGCGCCGUCAUCUACUCUUUCAAACAAAACAAGGCAACUAAGUUCUUCCAAUACGAACUUCCACCAAGAGCGCGAGGUGGAGAUGGAGAUCCCACAAACGCCAAUUCCAUCCGGCAUCCGCGAUUGACACAUGCUCUCUGGCAUCCAACCGGCACUUUCGUGUUGACGGCCCACGAUGACUCGAGUUUGGUAUUCUGGGAUCCUCGAGAUGGCAGAGUUAUCCACGCGAGGACAAUCGAAGAGAUGGAUGUCAAUGUGCCUGGAGCUGGACCACCGAGGGAUGUCCCUAGGAGCCCUCUCAGCCCAGUGAGUCCAGGGUUUGGUACAGUGAAAGAGCCGUACUUCCACAUUGCCUGGUGCUCGAAAGCAAAUCCGGAUGAUACUGGCUUGGUUAUAGCGGGGGGCGCCCCAACAACCAACCCGACGAGAGGUCUGACCUUUAUCGAACUGGGUCCAACACCGAACUACCAAACCUCGACGUGGGAUUUCCUGGCAAACCAUUUUCGCCAUCCCAAACGCAUACAUGUCCUUCCAACACCACCCAACGCCGCGAUUAAUACCUUUCUCCUGAUUCCUCGCUCAUCUCCUCAUUUUGCCGGAUCCCACGAUCCAAUAGCAGUCAUGACCGUGCUGUCCUCGGGUGAAGUAAUCACAUUGAGCUUUCCCUCUGGACAUCCCAUUACACCCAGCAACCAACUACACGUUUCGUUAUCUUUUGUACAUCCAUUUGUCACUAAAAUUGCGCUGGCAUUCGUCGACCGGACUAGGUGGCUGGGAAUGCGCGAAGUUCGCCAGCAUGGUCCGCAAUUUUUGAUCGGGGGUGCUGAAGGUAUCAAACCCCUCAAGAGGCAUGAAAACAGAAAUAUUGUCCAAGCCGCCCACGCCGAUGGAACCAUUCGGAUAUGGGAUGGCGGGCAUGGCGACGUCAUUGAAAAUCCCAAUGUCCUCCAAGUCGAUCUCGGAAAAGCAGUAGGUCGGUGGGACAAACUCGACGUGUCGUUGAUGAGUAUGUCGGGUGCGACGGGAGAGCUCUCGGUAGGAUUGAAAAGUGGCGAACUGGUUGUUUUUCGAUUGAACCGCAAUCAAUUCUUCGGUCGCCCCCCAUCUGAUCCUGGCCCGAACGAAGGACCUGGGAAAAUGCAGGAUAUUAGCGAACGAGCAGAUCCAGGCUUGAAGGAAGGCCUAUUGCCCCUGACAAUGACGAAUGACCAACAAGGCUCCGUCACCGCUUUGCGGCAUUCUGAUGUCGGAUUCGUGGCUGCCGGUUAUGCUGGAGGUGGAGUGACCAUCGUCGAUCUACGUGGUCCAGCUAUCAUCCACACGGCUCUACUCAAUGAAAUGGUCGCCGGUAAGCAUCGAAGAGGAAGCAUUCGACGAGCUGCACCUGCCACUCAGUCAACAGAAUAUGCAACGGCGAUGGAAUUCGGCAUCUUAACCCUUGAUGGCGACGAUUAUUCCUCACUUGCCUUGUUUGUUGGCACAUCUCGAGGUCGAGUCGCCACGUUCAAGAUUCUGCCCUCUCAGUCCGGGCGGUAUUCGGCACAGUCGAUAGGGGCGGCCCAAAUUUCAGAUGACCGGGUCAUCUCGUUGUGCCCGAUUGAUGCUCACACAGGCGCCCCUGCAGCUGCAACAGGGUAUGCAAUGGGAGGUUUACAAUCCGGCCGGAAAGUAGAUGGCGUCCUUGUAGCUGUCACAGUCUCGUCCGCGCACAUCUUUCGUCCAGCGUCCGCAAAAGGAGCCUCCAAAACCUUCGACCACUACCUGUGUGAUUCGGCCACAGUAGCCCGCUACGAAGAACGUGGUUACGCUGUUGUCGGCUUAUUUGGCGAUGGUGCCGCCAGAGCAUUCUCGAUCCCAGCUCUGAAAGAAAUCGCAAGCAUACGCGUCAAUCAUCUCCUAGACACUAAACGCUUCGGCGAUGCUGUCGUGUCUCCUACAGGAGAUAUUCUGGGCUGGGCAGGCCCUAGCGAACUAGCCAUGGUUAAUGUCUUUGGCUGUGGCACAUCGCUCCCACCCAGCACUGAUCGUCUCUACGACGCAGCCAAGAUGGUUCCCCCUCGACCUACAAUCAGCAACCUCCAAUGGAUUGCCGGGACACAAUACAUCACUCCUUCCGAUAUGGAUAUCCUCAUUGGCGGUCCGGACCGACCGCCUUCUAAGCGAAUGUUGACGGAAAUGCGGGCCGCGCAGGAGGCAGAAUUUCAGCGACAACGGGAAGCCGCCCGGACGGGACGGGCACCCAAGCCAGAUCAUUCUCAGGAGACGUACUGGGCGUACAUGCAGCGGCAGCUUCAGGAGCGAACGGAGAACCUGGGAUUGGCGGGUGAUAGUCUUGACAGAGCGGCAGAAUCCAGUAGUUCGUGGAGUGACGACGUGGGCAAGUUCGUGGCGAAGCAGAAGAGAGCGGCGGCGCUGGGGUAUAUCGGGUCGAAGUUUGGGUUCUAAAAGUUUGCUGAUGGAUUUGAGCGAGGAGUUCUACGAUUUGCACACCAGCUAUGCCAAGAAGGAAGUCAUGUGCGUGGCAAGUUAUGUGCUAUCAUGAGGUUUGCUAACGUUGAUGAAUGGGACAAGAGUCUAGGAAGCGUGGUCUACUUAUCUUCCAUCUUUGCUGCUAGCCUCGGCGCAAAGCAAUACACAUAUAUACAGCGUUCAGGGAUGGGCAGUCGCUUUCUCUGGUGACAGGUUUAUACGCUGCAAGUUUGGUGUCUCCUAUCAUGGCGAUGGUUUUUCCGACACAUUCAUCUCAUUUUCUGGCUGUCUCUGAGUUGGAGGGUUGUCCAAUCUCAUCGUGUUCAGGAUCUUUG